CCACAGCCUGGGGGCUCCCUUUUGGACGUCCCGCCUUCAUUCGCCUGCCCCCCUCUUCCCGUAACCUGAGCCUCCCAGCAGCCACCUCCCCUCCCCUGCUCAGACCCGGCCCCUUUUCAUCUCUCAGCCCUGACAGCAGUUUCUAACACCAUGGGCCUCUGGGUCAGUGUCCCUGCGGCUGCUGGGGGGGCCUGUGAGCUGGGUGGGCGGCUGCGAGCAGCGCUGGGUGUCCUGUAUCUCCUGCCAGUCCUUCUGCUGCUCUCCCAGCUGGGGAUCCUGGUGCUCCAGGCCACUGUGAGUGCAGCACAGAGCGAUGUCCCCUCUCCUCACCCCAUGGGCGUCCUUGCCACUGUGGGCCCUGGACCGCUGCCCCUGCAGGCAGCACGCCGCCGCCGCUACACAUUGACCGCCGCCCGGCUGCGCUGGGACCACUUCAACCUCACCUACAGGGUGCUCUCCUUCCCUCGGAACCUACUGAGCCCCAGUGAGACCCGGCGGGGCCUGGCUGCGGCUUUCCGCAUGUGGAGUGAGGUGUCCCCGUUCAGCUUCCGAGAAGUGGGCCCAGAACAGCCCAGUGACCUUCGCAUAGGUUUCUACCCCACCAAUCACACCGACUGCCUGGUGUCAUUGCUGCACCACUGUUUUGAUGGACCCACAGGAGAGUUGGCACACGCCUUCUUCCCCCCACAUGGUGGCAUCCAUUUUGACGACAGCGAGUACUGGAUCCUGGGCCCCACUCGCUACAGCUGGAAGAAAGGCGUGUGGCUCACAGACCUGGUGCACGUGGCAGCCCAUGAGAUCGGGCAUGCUCUGGGCUUGAUGCACUCACAGCACAAUCGGGCACUCAUGCACCUUAACGCCACGCUGAGCGGCUGGAAGACACUGUCGCAGGACGAGCUAUGGGGGCUGCACCGUCUCUACGGCUGUCUAGACCGUCUGUUUGUGUGUGCAUCCUGGGCACGGAAAGGUUACUGUGACACUCGUCAGAGGCUCAUGAAGAGGCUUUGCCCCAGCAGCUGUGACUUCUGCUACGAGUUCCCCUUUCCCACCGUGGCUGCCACCUCACCGCCCCCCAGGACCAAGACCAGGCUGGUGCCUGAGGGCAGGAAUGUGACCUUCCGCUGUGGCCAGAAGAUCCUCCACAAGAAGGGGAAAGUGUACUGGUACAAGGACCAGGAGCCCCUGGAGUUCUCCUACCCUGGCUACCUGGCGCUGGGCAAGGCUCACCUGAGCAUCAUUGCCAAUGCCAUCAACGAGGGUACCUACACAUGUGUGGUACGGCGGCAGCAGCGGGUGCUCACCACCUACUCCUGGCGCAUCCGGGUGCGGAGCUGAGGCCUGGAUGAUAAAGUGUUUUCUGUCUCCA